AUGUGCUCUCUUGACGACUCUGCUGGCCUGUUCAGCGAUCCCUUUGCUGCUCCGCAGGUUGUGAACCCCCGUCAAAGCAAAGCCCUUGACAGUUUCUACGCCUCCUUCUUCAAGGGCCAUCCAUUCGUGCUACCAAAAGCUCGCCUCGUCAACCAGUUUGACAAGGAUCCGGAAUCAGUGGCCGAUGUAAUAAGGGCGAUGACCUUCAUUGGCGCGCUGUAUCUCCUGGAUCCUGCGUCGCAUGCAUACCGGGCCGCCGUUGAGACAGCGAUUGCUAACCGUCUCCCACGAAAUGGAUUUAGUGUGCAGUGCCUCCUGCUAUAUGCCGGCGCCCUCGAAUGGAGUGGCGAACAAGACUUUGCGCGUAGCACCAUGGAUAAGGCCAAGUCGAUGGCUCUAGCUAUCGGACUACAAUCGCAGCGGUUUGCAAGUGAGCAUAGCGAUGGCUGUUUGGUGUUGGCGGAGAGCUGGAGACGGACAUGGUGGGAAUUGUACGUUAUCGAUGCCAUCUUCGCAGGGAGUCGACAUUUACCUACCUUUGAGUUGUGGCAUGCCGAGUACGACGCCGAUUUGCCCUGCGAAGAAAUGGAUUACAUCCAAGGCAACAUUCCCCCACCGCGGACACUUGCAGAGUACGAUAAUCGUGCGUUUGAAGAUAGUGGCAGUUUGUUCUCUUCAUUUGCCUAUCUUAUAGAUGCUUCACGAAUGCUGGGCACCGCGUUACCGACCGUGGACGAGGAAGGAGAUGAGAUCACAUCGCAGGUCAAGAAUGCCGAGGCCAACAUUACGAGUUGGCAUUUGUAUCUUCCCGAGAGGAAGAAAGAGCCUGUGCAACCAGACGGAUCUGUUGACGAGAUCAUGUUCCGCGCCCACAUGUUGCUCAAUACAUAUGCCCCGCCUCAAAAUGUCAGCGUCCUAGAAGUCUUCAACGAGCGUCACACGAUGCAGGCCGUCAAUGCCUCCAAAGCGUCUGUCGAACUUUUCACACUCUCUGCAUCUCCGACAACCCACACUCCGUUCAUCAUGUGUAUGGGAUCGAUGGCUGCAGCAACGCACAUAUCUGCUUGGGAGUACUACCUGAAGGGGUCUGAGUAUGCUCAUGCCAAGGAUCGUGUUCGUGUCUUCCUCGGCGCGUUGAGAGCUUUCGAGGACAUAUGGCCCCAAGCAAGGAAGUGGUCCGGGGAGGUCAAGCUCAUGGCUAAGGCAGUCUUCGAUAGCAGGGGAAAAAACGGGGAGCUCAUCAUGCAGAAUCGACAGGACGGCGUCAGCAGCGGGCUCGGAGCUGGCGUUGCUGGAUUGGAUUUGGCCUUGUUGAGUAGCUGCUUUGAGGGUUGA